GAGGCGGACCUUGUCGGAGAGGACGCAUCAACAGGAAGAUGGCGGCCGUCGUGUAAAUCGGCGGCGGGUGUCAAACCGUCUCCUGGCCCAACGUUUGGGAAUUUUAACCAAAAAAAAGAAAGAGAGAGAGAGAGAAGAGAAGGGGGAGAAAAAAAAAUAGCCCUGAGAACUAGUUGAGUUUUUUUUUUAUUUUAAGAAAUCCGGGAUUUGCUGACUGUACGGGGUGUGUGGGGGCCGCCGUCUCCCUCCCUCCCUCCCUGGCUGGCGCCGCGCGGCUCCCUCUCCUCUGCCGGGGCCGCAAUGACGUCCAUUCACUUCGUGGUGCACCCGUUACCGGGGACCGAGGAUCAGCUGAACGACAGAUUACGGGAAGUAUCAGAAAAACUCAACAAAUUCAACUUAAGCAGUCAUCCACCUCUGAAUGUUUUGGAGCAAGCUACAAUUAAGCAGUGUGUGGUGGGACCAAACCAUGCAGCGUUUCUCCUAGAGGAUGGUCGUAUAUGUAGAAUUAGUUUUGCUGUUCAACCAGACAGGCUAGAGUUGGGAAAACCUGACACCACUGAUGGUUCAAAGUUGAGCAGUGGUUCAGGGACAGGAAGGACUUCCAGGCCAGGCAGGAGUAGUGAUUCCCCAUGGUUUCUGUCUGGUUCUGAUACUCUGGGCAGACUGGCAGGCAACCCCCUUGGGAGUCGGUGGAGUUCUGGAGUGAGUGGUGGGGCAUCAGGACGAUCAUCAACCGGAGCGAGAGAUUCAAGAAGACAGACCAGAGUCAUUCGAACUGGUCGUGAUCGAGGAUCCGGACUGUUGGGAAGCCAGCCACAGCCUGUUAUUCCAGCGUCAGUCAUUCCAGAGGAACUUAUAUCUCAGGCACAAGUGGUAUUGCAAGGCAAGUCUAGAAGUGUUAUUAUCCGAGAACUACAACGUACUAACUUGGAUGUCAAUCUUGCUGUAAACAACUUACUUAGUCGGGAUGAUGAAGAUGGAGAUGAUGGUGAUGACACAGCAAGUGAAUCCUAUUUGCCCGGAGAGGAUCUUAUGUCAUUGCUGGAUGCUGACAUACAUUCUGCACAUCCAAGUGUCAUCAUAGAUGCUGAUGCUAUGUUUUCUGAAGACAUCAGCUAUUUUGGUUAUCCUUCCUUCCGUCGUUCUUCCCUCUCCAGACUAGGCUCAUCAAGAGUUCUCCUUCUUCCCUUAGAGAGAGACUCCGAUCUGUUGCGUGAACGUGAGUCAGUUUUACGUUUACGUGAAAGGAGGUGGCUUGAUGGUUCCUCAUUUGAUAAUGAACGCGGCUCCACAAGCCGAGAAGGCGAAUCAAGUUUGGAUAAGAAAAGCCUUCCAGUCCAAAGCCCUGUUUCCCUGGGAGAAGAAUUGCAGUGGUGGCCUGACCGAGAUGGUACUAAGUUUAUAGCUAUUGGAGCGCUAUACUCUGAGUUGGUGGCAAUAAGCAGUAAAGGUGAAUUGUAUCAAUGGAAGUGGAAUGAAUCUGAGCCAUACAGGAACGCACAGAAUCCAAUUGUGCAUCAUCCUCGAGCCACGCAGUUAGGUUUAACCAGCGAGAAGAUUGUCCUCUUGGCUGCAAACAGCAUCAGAGCUACAGUUGCUACAGAGAGCAACAAAGUUGCCACAUGGGUGGAUGAAACUUUAUGCUCUGUCGCUUCUAAAUUGGAACACAGUGUGCAAGUUUUUACCGAGUUACAGGGAGAAAGAAUUGUAUCCCUACAUUGUUGUGCUCUCUACACUUGUGCACAGCUGGAGAAUAACCUGUAUUGGUGGGGAGUAGUUCCUUUCAGUCAGCGGAAGAAGAUGCUCGAGAAGGCCAGAGCCAAAAACAAAAAGCCAAAGUCUAGUGCAGGAAUUUCGUCAAUACCCAACAUCACAGUCGGAACACAGGUGUGUUUGAGAAAUAAUCCACUUUACCACUCUGGAGCUGUAGCUUUUUCCAUCAGUGCUGGCAUUCCAAAAGUCGGUGUACUGAUGGAAUCAGUUUGGAACAUGAAUGACAGUUGUCGAUUCCAGCUGCGAUCACCGGAAAGUUUGAAAAGCUUAGAAAAGUUGUCCAAAAGUACUGAAAGCAAGACAGAGAAUAAACCAGAAUCUGUGAAGACUGAAAUGGGUCCUCCUCCUUCCCCAGCAUCCACUUGCAGUGAUGCAUCCUCUAUCGCAAGCAGUGCAUCACUACCCUACAAGCGUAGACGUUCCACUCCAGCUCCAAAAGAGGAAGAGAAAGUGAAUGAAGAGCAAUGGCCACUGCGAGAAGUGGUAUUUGUUGAAGAUGUUAAAAAUGUACCAGUGGGAAAGGUAUUGAAAGUAGAUGGUGCCUACGUUGCUGUGAAAUUCCCUGGGACUUCCACCAACGUCAAUAAUCAGAGUUGCACUACCACAGAUGCUGACCCAACAUCUCUUCUACAAGACUGUAGGCUACUACGCAUUGAUGAGCUUCAAGUGGUGAAAACGGGCGGGACGCCAAAAGUUCCAGAUUGCUUCCAGCGAACUCCUAAAAAGCUUUCUAUUCCAGAAAAGGCUGAGAUUCUUGCUGUGAAUGUGGAUUCCAAGGGUGUUCAUACUGUUCUGAAGACAGGCAACUGGGUCCGUUAUUGUAUCUUUGACCUAGCAACAGGAAAAGCUGAACAGGAGAAUAAUUUUCCUACAAGCAGUAUUGCUUUUCUUGGUCAAAAUGAACGCAAUGUGGCAAUUUACACAGCUGGUCAGGAAUCCCCCAUUGUUCUCAGGGAUGGAAAUGGCACCAUUUAUCCAAUGGCUAAGGAUUGUAUGGGUGGAAUCCGAGAUCCCGAUUGGUUAGACCUUCCACCGAUUACUAGCCUCGGGAUGGGUAUCCAUUCUUUGACAAACCUUCCUGCAAAUUCAUCUAUUAAGAAGAAAGCAGCAGUCAUUGUAAUGACUGUAGAGAAGCAAGCAUUAAUGCAGCACAUACUGAGAUGUGAUUAUGAAGCCUCCAGGCAAUACUUGAUGAAUCUUGAGCAGGCUGUUCUUUUGGAACAAACCCCACAAGCUCUCAAGAUGUUCCUGAACAAUCGGUGUGAUGGAAAUCGCAAUGUCUUGCAUGCCUGUGUCUCCGUCUGUUUCCCAACAAGCAAUAAAGAGACAAAAGAGGAAGAAGAAGCAGAGCGCUCUGAAAGGAAUACGUUUGCAGAGAGGUUAUCUGCAGUUGAGGCCAUUGCAAAUGCCAUCUCUGUCGUGUCAAGUAACAACAGUGGUAACAGGACUGGACCAUCUAGCAGUAGGAGUUUAAGAUUACGUGAAAUGAUGAGACGCUCACUUCGAGCUGCCGGCUUGGGACGGCAUGAAUCGGGUGCUUCAUCCACUGACCAUCAGGACCCAGUAUCUCCUCCUAUUGCCCCACUUAGCUGGGCACCAGAUCCACCCGCAAUUGAUCCAGACGGUGACAUUGAUUUUAUCCUGGCACCUGCGGUGGGAUCUCUUACCACAGCUGCAUCUGGUACUGGACAAGGACCCAGCACAUCUACCAUACCUGGUCCUUCAGCUGAUCCACCUGUAGUGGAAUCAAAGGAUAGAAAAGCAAAUGCUCAUCUAAUCUUAAAAUUACUUUGUGAAAGUGUGGUACUGCGACCUUAUCUUCGAGAAUUGCUCUCAGCCAAGGAUGCUAGAGGAAUGACUCCAUUUAUGUUGGGUGUUGGUGGGCGAGCUUAUCCUGCAGCAAUUACCAUUCUGGAAACUGCACAGAAGAUAGCAAAAGGUGAUGUUUCAGGUGAAAAGGAAGAGGAUGUAUUCAUGAGUAUGAUUUGUCCACCUGGCACUAAUCCAGACGACUCUCCAUUGUAUGUCUUGUGCUGCAAUGAUACCUGCAGUUUUACGUGGACUGGGGCAGAGCAUAUUAAUCAGGAUAUAUUUGAAUGUAGGACCUGCGGAUUGCUGGAGUCUCUGUGCUGCUGCACAGAGUGUGCAAGAGUAUGUCACAAGGGUCAUGACUGCAAGCUUAAAAGGACAUCCCCUACGGCUUAUUGUGACUGCUGGGAGAAAUGUAAAUGCAAAACUCUGAUUGCGGGACAAAAAUCUGCUCGUCUUGAUCUACUCUAUAGACUACUUACAACAACCAAUCUUGUAACUCUACCAAAUAGCAGGGGUGAACAUCUACUGCUGUUCCUAGUACAGACUGUUGCUCGGCAAACUGUGGAGCACUGCCAAUAUCGGCCACCACGAAUACGAGAGGACCGGAACCGCAAAACUGCAAAUGUUGAAGAUUCUGAUAUGCCUGAUCAUGAUUUGGAGCCACCUAGAUUUGCCCAACUGGCCCUGGAGCGUGUCCUUCAGGACUGGAAUGCUCUGAAAUCUAUGAUCAUGUUUGGUUCGCAGGAAAGCAAGGACCCGCUCAGCGCAAGCAGUAGGAUUGCUCACCUCCUACCAGAAGAGCAAGUCUACCUUUCUCAACAGAGUGGUACAAUCCGGCUGGACUGUUUUACACAUUGCCUCAUUGUGAAGUGUACAGCUGAUAUUUUACUUUUGGACACUUUACUUGGAACGCUGGUAAAGGAGCUGCAGAAUAAAUAUACACCAGGGCGUCGAGAGGAAGCCAUCACUGUCACCAUGAGAUUUCUGCGCUCGGUUGCAAGAGUGUUUGUCAUUCUUAGUGUAGAAAUGGCUUCAUCAAAGAAAAAAAACAACUUUGUACCUCAACCAAUUGGCAAAUGCAAGCGUGUGUUCCAAGCUCUGCUACCUUAUGCCGUAGAGGAGUUGUGCAACGUAGCAGAAUCUUUAAUAGUCCCUGUUAGGAUGGGUAUUGCACGACCUACGGCUCCCUUUACAUUGGCAAGCACUAGUCUAGAUGCUAUGCAAGGCAGUGAGGAGCUGUUCUCAGUAGAGCCACUUCCUCCAAGGCAAUCAUCUGACCAAUCUAGCAGUUCUAGCCAGUCGCAGUCUUCCUACAUCAUUCGCAAUCCACAGCAGAGGCGUAUUAGCCAAUCGCAACCUGUUCGUGGCCGAGAUGAGGAACAAGAUGAUAUAGUGACAGCUGAUGUGGAAGAGGUUGAAGUAGUGGAGGGGGUGGCUGGUGAGGAAGAUCAUCAUGAUGAACAGGAAGAGCAGGGUGAAGAAAAUACAGAAGCAGAGGGACAGCACGAUGAACACGAUGAUGAUGGGAGUGACAUGGAGCUUGAUCUGUUGGCGGCAGCAGAAACCGAAAGUGACAGUGAAAGUAACCAUAGCAACCAGGAUAAUGCCAGUGGGCGCAGGAGUGUUGUCACCGCAGCUACGGCAGGGUCUGAAGCAGGUGCCAGCAGUGUCCCAGCAUUCUUCUCAGAAGAUGAUUCUCAGUCCAACGACUCCAGUGAUUCUGACAGCAGUAGUAGUCAGAGUGAUGAUGAAGAACAGGACACGUUUUUACAGGAUGAACCUUUGGAAAGGACUACCAACAGUUCCCAUGCAAACAGUGCAGCUCAAGCUCCACGCUCCAUGCAGUGGGCUGUGCGCAGUACACAGAACCAAAGGUCAACCAACACAACUCCAUCUAGUACUAGUGCUCCUGCAGGCGGCUCAGCGGGUUUGAUUUAUAUUGACCCGUCCACUUUACGGAGAAGUGCCACCAUUAGUACAAGUGCAGCUGCGGCUGCUGCAGCCCUGGAAGCCAGCAAUUCCAGUAGUUAUCUCACAUCAGCAAGCAGCCUGGCAAGAGCCUAUAGCAUUGUCAUACGGCAAAUCUCGGACCUCAUGGGUUAUCCCAAAUAUAAUCACUUGGUGUACUCUCAAAUACCAGCUGCCUUGAAAAUAACAUACCAGGAUGCCAUUAACUUGCAGAAUUACGUGGAAGAGAAGCUCAUGCCCACAUGGAACUGGAUGGUUAGCAUCAUGGAUUCAACCGAAGCUCAGUUACGGUAUGGUUCAGCGCUGUCUUCUGCUGGGGACCCUGGUCAUCCUAGCCAUCCUUUACAUGCAUCUCAAAAUUCUGCUAGAAGAGAGAGAUUAACAGCACGAGAAGAGGCCAGUCUAAGAACGUUAGAGGGAAGAAGACGUGCAACCUUGUUGAAUGCGCGUCAAGGAAUGAUGUCAGCCCGUGGUGAUUUUCUCAACUACGCACUUUCUUUGAUGCGUUCACAUAAUGAUGAGCAUUCUGAUGUCUUGCCAGUGUUGGAUGUUUGUUCAUUAAAACACGUAGCAUACGUUUUCCAGGCACUUAUUUAUUGGAUUAAAGCAAUGAAUCAGCAGACAACAUUAGAUACACCACAGCUGGAACGAAAAAGAACUCGAGAGUUGUUGGAGCUGGGUCUUGACAAUGAGGAUUCAGAGCAUGAAAAUGAUGAUGAUACGAAUCAAAGUGCUGGUCUGCAUGACAAGGAUGACGAAUUACUGUCCACAGAGGCUGGUCAGAACCAUCCAUUCUUCCGACGUUCUGAUUCCAUGACCUUCCUUGGCUGUAUUCCUCCAAAUCCAUUUGAAGUUUCUUUAGCUGAAGCAAUUCCACUUGCAGACCAACCUCACCUUUUACAGCCCAAUGCUAGAAAGGAAGAUUUAUUUGGCCGUCCAAGCCAAGGUCUAUAUUCGUCAUCUUCAGGCCUUGGAAAAGGUGUAACAGAAGUAACUGUGGAUAGAAAUUGCCUAGAGGUACUGCCCACAAAAAUGUCUUAUUCUUCUAACCUGAAGAACGUUAUGAGUAUGCAGAAUCGACAGAGGAAGACGACAGAUGAGCAAGUAUUACCAGAAGAUGAGUCUGAAAAUUCACGGAUAGGACCUUCUGCUCAGGAUCUUGCAGCACAAUUGAAGAGUAGUUUAUUGGCUGAGAUUGGGCUCACUGAGAGUGAAGGACCACCUCUUACUUCAUUCAGACCACAAUGUAGUUUCAUGGGAAUGGUGAUCUCUCAUGACAUGUUGUUAGGACGUUGGCGUCUGUCUUUAGAACUCUUUGGGCGAGUGUUUAUGGAAGAUGUAGGAGCUGAGCCUGGAUCGAUCCUGACUGAGCUUGGUGGGUUUGAAGUGAAAGAGUCAAAAUUCCGUCGUGAAAUGGAAAAACUGAGAAAUGCUCAGUCCAGGGAUCUAACAUUGGAGGUUGAUCGUGAUCGAGACCUCUUAAUUCAGCAAACAAUGAGGCAACUCAAUAAUCACUUUGGACGCAGAUGCACUACAACACCAAUGACUGUACACAGAGUAAAGGUUACUUUCAAAGACGAGCCAGGAGAGGGCAGUGGAGUGGCUCGAAGCUUUUACACUGCAAUUGCACAAGCAUUUCUGUCCAGUGACAAACUGCCAAACCUCGACUGCGUCCAGAAUGCGAGCAAGGGAUUACAAACCAGUCUAAUGCAACGACUGAGAAACCGAGAGAGAGAACGGGAAAGAGAACGGGAAAGGGAAAUGAGAAGAAGUGGUGGAAUGCGAGCAGGUUCUCGUCGAGAACGAGAUAGGGAGUCGAGAAGGCAGCUUUCUAUAGAUACCAGGCCUUUCCGGCCAGCAUCAGAAGGCAAUCCCAGUGAUGACCCAGAUCCACUGCCAGCUCACCGGCAAGCUCUUGGAGAGCGGUUAUACCCUCGGGUACAAGCAAUGCAGCCAGCAUUUGCUAGUAAAAUUACAGGAAUGUUACUAGAGCUCUCACCCGCACAGCUCUUACUGCUUCUAGCAAGUGAGGACUCUUUGAGAGCUAGAGUUGAUGAAGCCAUGGAGCUGAUCAUUGCACAUGGAAGGGAAAAUGGUGCUGAUAGUAUAUUGGACUUGGGAUUGCUAGAUUCAACGGAGAAGACUCAGCAGGACACUAGAAAACGGCACGGCUCUAGUCGGAGUGUUGUUGACAUGGAACUUGAUGAGCCGGAUGAUGGCGAUGACAAUGCUCCGCUCUUCUACCAGCCCGGCAAGCGAGGGUUCUACUCACCAAUGCCAGGCAAAAACACCGAGGCCCGACUCAACUGCUUCCGUAAUAUCGGCAGGAUUUUGGGUCUGUGCCUACUACAAAAUGAACUCUGUCCUAUAACCCUAAAUAGACAUGUUAUUAAAGUUCUACUAGGAAGAAAGGUUAACUGGCAUGAUUUUGCAUUUUUUGACCAUGUGAUGUAUGAAAGUUUACGGCAGCUCAUCCUCGCCUCUCAGAGCCAAGAUGCAUAUGCUGUCUUUGCAGCAAUGGACUUAGCUUUUGCUAUCGACCUUUGCAAGGAAGAAGGUGGAGGACAGGUUGAGCUUGUUCCUGGUGGAGCCAAUAUCCCAGUCACUCCUUUGAAUGUUUAUGAGUAUGUUAGGAAAUACGCAGAGUACCGAAUGUUGGUAGUUGCUGAGCAACCUCUUCAUGCUAUGCGGAAAGGACUGCUGGAUGUGCUUCCUAAAAACUCCCUGGAAGAUUUAACUGCAGAAGAUUUUAGGCUCUUGGUCAAUGGCUGUGGGGAAGUGAAUGUCCAGAUGCUGAUUAGCUAUACAUCAUUCAACGAUGAGUCUGGGGAAAAUGCUGAGAAAUUGCUGCAAUUCAAGCGAUGGUUCUGGUCUAUUGUGGAGAAGAUGAGUAUGACAGAAAGACAGGAUCUGGUUUACUUCUGGACAUCAAGCCCAUCAUUACCUGCCAGUGAGGAAGGCUUCCAGCCGAUGCCAUCCAUCACUAUUAGGCCACCAGAUGAUCAACACCUUCCAACUGCAAACACUUGUAUCUCCCGCCUUUACGUCCCACUUUAUUCCUCCAAACAAAUUCUGAAACAAAAACUGUUACUAGCCAUUAAGACCAAGAACUUUGGUUUUGUGUAGAAUAUACUUAAAAAAUGUGUGUAUUGUGUGUAAUAAUAUAACUAGGUCCAGGUUUUGUAGAUUAAUUUUUUCAUUUGUCUAUAAAAUUUAUGGAAGUUGAUGCUGUCACUCACCUGGAGGUUCUCUGGUGGUAAAACAUUCCUGUAUUCGGCUUAUAGCUGAAAGUCCAAACCACAGGCUGUAGUGGCUUUGACUGUAACCUCCUAGGCUUUUGGCUAGUCAGUAACCUGUUAGCCUAACCCCCAGCCAAAGAUGACAGCAGAUCAUGUAUUGUUACACUGUGAUUAUGGUCAUUUGGCCUAGGAGAAAUGAAUAUUGUUUCUGAAAUUUCACUGCUGCCUUUGUCGAAAGUGUUUCAUCAAAGGUUCUUGUAUAGAGGGAAGUGGGGAAAUUCAAAAUAAAAUUGAGAAUGCUUUA